AUCUUCCAGAUCUUCUUUUUCGAGAUCUUUAAUUUGGAUUGCAUUCAAGUCACGUGUGACACAUGACUGAAGUGUAAAUUAUUAUUUUACGUUCAUCAUUCAAAUCUGCGAUCAUCUGGCAUGAUUACGCAUUCAUCCAAUGUCUCUACAAAAGAGUGGAAAAAAAUCUUAUGAAAUGAAAAUUAAAAAUAUAAUUACUUACAUUUCCACGAGAGGGCGCCAUAAAGACGCGGAGGGAAGAAGCUUCGUCAAUCGGUCAUCUUACGAGAAAACAGAAUAUUUUGAUAUAAAAAUUUUUAGACGAAAAAAUAAAAAUUAUUCAAUAAUUGUCUUUUAUGUUUACGUAUUAUUCUGACAUUUAAUGAGUAAUAAUCGACAGGAUUGUAGUUUACUCUAUUAUAUGACGUAAGGGCACGUCGUCGGGAGGUGGGUGUGAUGCGGUUGCUCGUUUGGAUCAAGACGGAAAGAAGUUCUAAUUGAAAGGGUUCUUAUCCCGAAAUUGGAUUCUGUAUGGAGAAAACGUCCCAACGUUUUCUGUCAGUGCCUUGGAGGUGGAACAACCGAUCCGAAAUAAAGAAAGUUGUGACGUCAAGCAUUUCCGUUCUAGUUAUUCGUACGCAUAGAUCUUGUUGCCCAAGCUGAGGAAUGAAAAGAAACUAAAAAUCGAAAAAGAAAAUGGUGGAAAUGAAAGGUUUAGAAGAAGAAUAUAAUAACGGGUACGGAGCGGUGGUCGAUAAGUACGAAAACCAACAGGCACAAGAUGUCGAAGCUGGAAAGAAACAAACCGGUUAUAAUAAAAAAGAUAUCAUUGACAAUCUCUGUACGUCUGUCAAUCAGGAUUUGCUGAUAUCUAAGACGUUUUACUUCUUUUUCUUUUCGGCUUUCGGUUCUCUGUUUCCUUUAUUGGCCGUGUAUUUUAAACAGUUGGGAAUGAAUGCCACUCAGAGUGGUAUUCUCAUCGGUAUACGUCCUUUUGUCGAAUUUCUUAGUGCUCCUCUUUGGGGCAAUAUGGCCGACCGUUUCAGAAAGGGUAAAAUGAUGCUGUUGCUUUCUCUCGCAUCCUGGAUAGUUUUUACUUUGGCUCUGGCAUUUAUUCAUCCCCCGGCAUCAUCCUGCGUGACUUUUAACACCACUCAUCACAUUUUGUAUCAUCCGGAUGCCGAAAGAUCAAAACGAAGCGCCAACUUCGACGAAUUUUUUGCUCUCAACGAUGUCGUUAUCGAAACGAAUGACGAAAAUAAAACGGAAGAUGAUGAUACCGUAGAGCUUUAUCAACGAUACAGAAGGCAAAAGGAAAAAUACAAUCGUCAUUCUUCUCCUCCCAAUUAUGUCAUAGGGAAGUCUCCCAAUUCUGUCGAGUAUACACUCAAUUAUGACAAGGAACAUCACACGUCGUAUAUUUCACCACCUUUUAGUUCUAUUGUUUAUAGAUGGGAAGAUAUCCAAGAGGUGUUCUUCUUGCUUCUUCUUCUAGUUAUUUUGGGAGAAUUCUUCAGCGCGCCAUCCAUUACUUUAGCGGAUUCAGCUACUCUUUCUUUUCUCGGAGAUAAUACCGAUAGCUAUGGAAAGCAGAGAAUGUUCGGUUCUUUGGGAUGGGGUCUGGCCAUGUUUUUCGUCGGAAUUGCACUUGAUCAUUCUACUACAUUCAUAGAUCAUCCGUGCGGACCUCACGAAAAAGAGAGAAAUUAUACGAUUUGUUUCGCCACUUUUUCUGUUUUGAUGGGAUGCGCUUUCAUUGCCGCAACGCAAUUUCGUUUCGAUUAUGAUUCCAUCGACGAUAACAUUCCCAUGAAAGUCAUGCAGAAUGGGCCUAAUCAAGGAAAUCCUCAAAUUGUUAUGGACGGAGCUGUAAAAUCGGAAGGAACAGAUGCAUCUAAAGGACCUGGAACGGCUAAGAGUACCGUUUUUGCUCAAACGACGAGAAAAUUACCCGAAUGGUUUACCGUCUUGAGAACGUUUGCCACUUUGAGAUACGGAGCCUUUCUCUACGUUACAUGGUUUAUGGGAUUCGGGAUAGGAUUGGUAUUCACUUUCCUCUUUUGGCACCUGCAGGAUCUCGGAGGAACACCCACACUCUUCGGUGUUGCGUCUGUUAUCAACCACAUCUCGGAAAUCUUUGCUUAUUUCUUCAGUUUCAAAUUUAUCCGUCAAAUAGGGCACACCAAGGUUCUGUGCAUCGGUUUAGGAGGGAACGUGUGCAGAUUCCUAUACAUUUCUUGGUUAAGGAACCCUUGGUGGGUUCUACCUUUCGAAUUCGUCCAAGGCAUUACUCACGCUGCCGUUUGGGCUGCUUGCUGUUCGUAUAUUACUCAAUCCACUCCUGCAACAUUGAGAUCGUCGGCUCAAGGAGUUCUGCAAGGUCUUCAUCACGGGUUAGGAAGAGGAUGCGGAGCAGUUAUUGGAGGAAUUUUCGUCACUCAUUUUGGGACCCAAGUGACGUUCCGAGGCUACGGCUUCGCUUGUCUGAUCGUCCUCUUUCUCUUUAUCUUGAUAAAUUACUACAGAAAAGAUAAAGGAUUCAGCUCAUUUCAAGACGAACAAGAACCCGGAAUGGUCAUCGAAGAAACCAGCCAUUUGGCUCCACAUGGGGUUCCCGCCAAUCCCAUGGCCAGAUCUCUGUCUAAACAGAAUCUGGAAGAUCAAAACUCUAUCGGGAACACGGGUCGAGGAGAGUACGGAGCCACAAAUCAAGGAUCGGUUACUCCCGGCGGUUUCCUGGGUAUUCCCGGAGGUGGAGAAAAUGUCCAAGGAAGCGGAACUUAUUCAGAUUUUAAUAUGAACAAUACUAGUUCUAACGGAAAUUAUCCGUUAACAAGAAGAGCCUUAGCAGCAGCGUUUAAUCCUAAAGGCAUAUUAGCGGCUGCUAGUCCCGAAGCAGUAUUUGAAUAUGACACCAUCAGAAGGGAUUUUCAGGCUUACAAAGAAGUUACCAUGUUUGUGAAAGACCACGAUGAAAAUUUAACCCAAAAACAAGAUUUAUUGGAAGCAUACCAUCCAGAGACAACUCUCUUUACUCCCCAACCUGCAGUCCACAGAAAAGAGAGUGAUUACGAUUGGUAAUUCUCUACAAAAAUUAGUAUAUUACAAAUAUUGAACAGUAUUUGUUAUUAAUUUGUUCAAAGAUGAGUAAAAAUAUUUUUAGUAUGAAGAAAUGAAAGAAAAGGUGCAACAAUUUUAAACCAUCAUUAAAUAUCUGCAAAACUACUUAAAAUUUGUUUCUUUCCAAAUUUUCAGAACUUAAGUUGUAAUGUUAUCAAGUGCUUAUUAAAUAAGUUGCUUAAUGUUUUUAAAAAAUUAAUUUUAAGUAAUUGUUUUGUUGAUAUUUCCAGAAAAAUAAUUAUAUAUAUAAUUUAAACAACUCAGGAUAACACAAAGAAUAAAACUGAAUCACAUAAAAAUAAGUUUUAAGAAUCCUUCUUUUUUAAUUUAGAUACUGUCUUAGUGUACUUUCUACUAAAAGGUAAAUUAUUCAAAGUACUAUAUUAAUUCAAAAAAACUUUUCUUUGAAAAACUGUUUUAAUAGAAUUUCUUUUGCUAAUCUUAUAAAAUGAUGCACACAUUAAAUUACUUGUGAAUGUAAUUUGUCUGUAUGUUAAGUAAUAAACUGUAAUUAAAUAAUAAGUUUUCAAACCCUGUAUUCUUAAAUAAUGAAUUGAUGCAACUGGCCAUUAUAACUGUAUUGUUAAUAUAAUAAAGUAGGCAAUAAUUUAAUGUAAAAAAUAUAUUAAUGAACUAGCAUAAAUAAUUAUUGCUGAAAAUCAUAAUUUCAAAUGUAAGUUGUGUAUUAAAAGAACAUUUCUGUCAUAUGUAAUUACAAGCCCCAAAAUUGCCUUUAUAUAUAUCUACAAUACCAAUGCUGCUGUUUGUGAUUGGUACAUAUCAUUGUUAAAAAUGUCUCGCUAGACUGAAUAAAAAUAGUCCAUUCCUGGA